GUGGCGGUAAUAGGCUGGUUGACAACCGUCCUGCGAAGCAAAACGCAGGGUAGAAAAUGAACGAAUACGGUUAGCAAACAUCAAGCUAGCGAGGCUAACAGUCGACCAAGCAGAGAUAUAACAGUUGCUUGAGAAGAUUUUAAUGUAGCGGGUCGACAUGCUGUGACUUGUCGGUGUCCUCCAGUUGCAGAAACAAUGUUGCCCUCAACCAGCACCUUGGCCAGGUCUGCUGUCAGACUACUGCCCGGGCGAACCUGGAGUCGAGGAUGUGUCUGGUGCCCCUGCAGAAACAUUUAUCUGAAACAAGGAGGUUUGAAACCAAAGACGGUUCCACCUCGGUACCUGGGCCAGCCCAGCCCGUUCACUCAUCCACACCUCAUCAAACAUGGUGAGGUGACCCCAGGCUUGAGCCAGACAGAAUACGAGCUCCGCCGACACAGGCUGGCCUUACUUAUCGAGGCCCAGUCAGACAGGCUGGGACCCUCCGGCUCCUCUAGCACCCAUGUGGUUAUUGUGCUGUCCCAUCCGACCCGCUACAUGACCAAUGACAUCCCUUAUCCCUUCCACCAGAACCAGGAUUUCCUCUACCUCAGUGGCAUCCUAGAGCCUGACAGUGCCUUGGUUCUUUAUGGCAAAGGACGACCAGACCAGGCCAUCUUGUUCGUCCCCCGCAGAGACCCGGGGAGAGAGCUGUGGGACGGGCCUCGGUCAGGGAAGGACGGGGCGGCUGCUUUGACCGGCAUAGAGAGAGUUCAUAGCCCGGAAGAACUGGGUGUUGUGCUCAAGAGCCUGAAAGGCUCUGUGCUGUGGUACGACAGUUCUCAGCCCGCCCACCCUCGGCUCCACCAGGCUCACGUGGGUCCCAUGCUGGAGGCGGGGCCGAUGCCGCACUCUCUCAGGCCCCUCGUACAUUCUCUUAGGGCCCUCAAGAGCUCAGCAGAGGUGGCGCUCAUGCAAGAAGCAGGUCACAUCUCAGCACAGGCUUUUCGGAGGACGAUGGCUUUGUCUCACGGAGACGUGGAUGAAGCUGUGCUCUUUGCUAAGUUCGAUUUUGAAAAUCGGAUCCAUGGCGCCAACUUCCUGGCCUAUCCCCCUGUUGUUGCUGGAGGGAAUCGAGCCAAUACUCUGCACUACAUAAACAACAACCAGAUCAUCAAGGUAAAGGAAGGUGUUGCAUGUGCCAACGGAUCCGUCCCGUCACACAAGGAUGGCGAGAUGGUGCUGCUUGAUGGGGGUUGUGAAUACUUUGGUUACGUCAGUGAUAUCACUCGAACAUGGCCAGUGAAUGGAAAAUUCAGCCCGGCCCAGGCUGAGCUGUACGAGGCCGUCCUGGAGGUCCAGCGCUCCUGUUUGUCUCUGUGCUCUCCGGGCGUCAGUCUGGAUCACAUCUACAGUACCAUGCUGGCUCUGUUGGGACGACAGCUCAAGCAGCUCGGCAUCAUCGAGGCUAGCACCAGCGACGCUGAUGUACUAAAGGCUGCACGGCGGUACUGCCCGCACCAUGUUGGGCAUUACCUGGGCAUGGACGUCCACGACACUCCUGAGCUCUCCCGCUCACAAGCUCUGCAGCCCGGGAUGGCCAUCACUAUAGAACCAGGGUUGUACAUAGCCGAGGACAAUGACCAGGUGCCAGAGCGUUUCCGCGGCCUGGGCAUCAGGAUUGAGGAUGAUGUGGUGAUCCGGGACACGGGAGAAGCUCUGAUUCUGUCCUCUGACGCACCAAAGACCAUCGCUGAUGUAGAGAAGGCCUGUGCCCAGAGAUAGGGCAGGGAGAGACAGACGGGUGACAAAGUAAGCCCCGGCUUCGAGGGCAGGCGUGUGCUGUGUUUUUCCAACCGUCUCCACGGUGAUGACAUCAUCAGACUCAGGGCCCAGGUACAUGAAAGGUGGGAGCACACGGCCAGACUCUGGUUCUAGUCUCAGCAAGGCCUUAAGAAUGUAGAAAUCUGGUGUGGAAGAUCAUAGAUUUUGGCGUCUACCUAAAUGUUUAAAGAAACGGGUUUCAUGUUUGUAGUCUUCAACAUCGAACGCUUGUGAAGCAACAGUGAAAGGUGGGUUUAGUUGUGUAGUGCGGUUUGUUUAAAGUGGGGUUGUAUGAGGUACUUAUGCAAGCAAUGUGCUGCUGGGACAGGAACAGCAGCGAAAUGUAUUUUAGCCACCUAAACAAAUUUGUAUCAGUUAAAGUGACCGGUAUAUUUAGAAUAUUUUCACCGCGUUAUCCGUUGUAUCUAUCUAUGCUCUCUACAAAGUCACCAGACCUAAAAUAGUAAUUUUAUCUCGCAAAACACAGAGUUGCUGGUCUACUGUUACCUCGAUCUGUUAGUUUGUUAGUGUUGUUGUGUGACUUGGGUUUGUUCGGAUUCACCAAAGUCACACAAUAACACAAACUGACUGACGAGGCAGCGGCAGACCAGCAACCUUUAGUGUUCGGCAGCGGCAGACAAGCAACCUUUAGUGUUCGGCAGCAUUCCUCCUCCUCAAAAAUGUAAUUACACGCCAUGGCUACAGCAGCUAGAGCAAAACCACAUGGAGACCUAUCUUACACAUGUAUAAUACAUCUAUAGUGUUGUAAUGGUGCUAUCGGCCGGUGAAAUCCAACGCUAAACUAUAAAUAAAAACCUAAGAACAACUGUAAACCUCAAGUGUAUAUAUUCAGCUGAAGACCCAGUGGUGAGAUCCAACAACCAUGAAAACAUCUUCAUUCUUAAAACCCAUUUUCUCCACACCCUGUUUUACAGAAUUGCCACCAUCGUGGCACCAGGAUAUAAUUGUUUGUUUGUUGUCUCACCCAAAAAACCUUUUCCGGCACGAUGCUAUGUGACGCGUGUUGAAGUGAAUAUGGUAUAUAAUAAAUAAAAUCAACAGAGAUUUGGACAAUUAUAAUUUGUUAAUGUACAAAGCAUACACUUAAUAUGAAAGAAAGACUUGCUCGUCUACUGUCGAUGGGAAUAAAGAUCAUCGCCUAUUUUAGCGGGUUACUCCGUGUUCAAGAAACCUGCAUAUACACGCUAAUGUUGGUAGAAAAAGGGAAUUGAUGAUGGUAAUGAUUACACCAAUGCACUGAAAUGGCUUACAAAGUGUACAUUGAAAAGAGUUUGUGUGUGUUGUGUGUCUUUUCAGCAGAGAGAAAAAUGUGAUCUCUUUUAAAAAAAAGAAACUAUUGUUUGUAUGUAUUAAAAAGAUCUCACUGUCUCAUUUUUAAUGCACAUGCAUGCCUUUUUAUAUUUUCCUUUUUGUUGACAAAACAGGGAAAUGUUGGCUAAUAUUUGGA